AAAAAAAAAAUAAAUAAAAUAUUGCGAGUAAAAAAAAAUGCCAUAUAAUUAUGAAUCCGAAUUAUCUAAAGCGCUUGGACAAUUACUCAAAAUAGAAACGGAUUAUAACGUCAUCAUUCAUAUUGGAGAAGGACCUAAUUUUAAGGAAUUUCAUGCACAUUCUAAUAUUUUACGCUGUAGGUCCGAAUAUUUUGAUAAAAUAUUAUCUGCUGAAAAUAUCGAGAAGAAGGAUGGAAAAUAUUUAAUUAAGAAACAAAAUAUUUCUCCUCAAGAUUUUAAUGCUAUUCUUAAGUACCUUUAUACCAGUCAAAUUGAUAUUACUGAUAAAACUGGAACUGAGCUUUUGAAUUUUAUGAUUGUUUCUAAUGAACUAAUGUUAAAAAAUCUGACUAAAUUUAUCGAAGAUUUUAUUAUUGAAAAUCAACAACAAUUCUUGCAAAAUGACCCAAUCGGAAUUUUUCAAAUUAUUUAUUAUCGUAAAUCACUUGCUAAUUUACAAGAAUAUUGUUUGGAUAUGAUUUGUUCUGAACCAGAAAUUUUAUUCAACUCUGAUAAAUUCACUCAAUUACCUGCUCCUUUAUUGGAAAUUAUUUUAAAACGUGAUGACUUAAAUUUAGAAGAAAUUAAAAUUUGGGAAAAUUUAAUUAAAUGGGGAUUAGCACAAGAACAAGUACUUAAUCAAGACAUCUCUAAAUGGAGUAAGGAUGAUAUUAAUAUCUUCAAAAGAGUUCUUUAUAAGUUUAUUCCUUUAAUUAGAUUUUAUGAUAUUUCUUCUAGAGAUUAUUUUAACAAAGUUAAACCGUAUGAAAAGCUUUUGUCAAAAGAACUAAGAGAUGAUAUUUUAAAAUCUCAUAUGAUCCCUGAAUACAAACCAAUAUAUACGCCAAGGCAUUCAAAGAAUAAUAUUAAUAUUGAUUCUGUUAUAAUUAAUCGAGAACACAUUGUACUUUUUUCAAAUUGGAUUGAUAAGAAAGAAAAUAUUAAAUAUAUUAAUGAUAUUCCUUAUAAAUUUAACCUCUUAUAUAGAGCUAGUAGGGAUGGUAAUUCAGCUAAAGAAUUUCAUGCUAAAUGUGAUAACAUGGGGGCUACCAUAGUUAUUAUAAAAACCAAAAAUUCAAAUCAAAUAGUUGGUGGCUAUAAUCCACUUCAAUGGGAUUCAAGUGGUAUUCAUAAGUCCACGAAAGAUAGUUUUAUAUUUUUAUUAGCAGAUCGAACAAACCUUCAAACUGCUAAAGUAGGUUAUAGUAAUGGUGAUAAAUAUUCUAUAGUUUGUUACUCACAUACGGUCCCAUACUUUGGUUAUAAUAAUUUAUACUUAGAAAAUAGUAGUUGGAUUUGUAACCCAGUUAAAGAAAAUAAUCAAUAUUCAUAUCCUGAACUUGAUGGUAUGAGAGGAACUUAUGAUGUUGAUAAUUAUGAAGUUUUUCAAGUAAUGAAGCAAUAAUUACUUUUAAUUUUUUUUUUUGAAAAAAAGAUUGAAUAUUUUGAAAUCUUUAUUUUGUAUUUAAAUUAUUUUAUUAUCCAUAAAAUAUCUACUUUUUUGGAAAAAAUCUAGUUUGUAAUAAUAUUUUUUUUUCUUCAAUAAUUUAAAAAAUGUUUUUUUUUCAUUAUGGUAUAGCCGGUCUCAUUGGUCAAUUACGACAAGAAUGUAAUGGCAUAAAAAAUUUGGCUUCAUCAUUUUAUUAUCCUAUUGAUUUUAUUCUUUCUGUAUUGAUUCAUUUUCAUUUAAUCCAUUAUUAUAUUAAUAUGAAAAUAUUUUUACUCAUCUGUUA